UUCCUCUUACCGGAAGCACUCGCUUGGGCGGAGCCGCCGGUUUCCACUUCCUGGUUGUAGCUCGUCAGCUGCUGCUCAGCGAACAUGUUGAUUUUAAUGACUUUAUUCUCCUCGUGUCUGUUCGUGAGCAGCUCGAACAUCGAGGAUAAUGUUGGAAACUUCUUCAGCAGCGGUCACACGAACAACUGGGCUGUUCUGGUGUGCACGUCCAGAUUCUGGUUUAAUUACCGGCAUGUGGCCAACACGCUCUCUGUGUACAGGAGUGUGAAGAGGCUGGGGAUCCCUGACAGCCACAUAGUUCUGAUGCUGGCUGAUGACAUGGCCUGUAACCACAGAAACCCCAAGCCUGCCACAGUCUUUAGCCACAAGAACAUGGAGCUGAAUGUGUAUGGUGACGAUGUGGAGGUGGAUUACAGAGGAUACGAGGUAACGGUGGAGAACUUCCUGCGGGUUUUGACUGGAAGGCUUCCACCCAGCACUCCCCGCUCCAAGCGCCUCCUCUCGGACGAUCGAAGCAACAUCCUCAUAUACCUGACAGGCCAUGGCGGGAAUGGUUUUCUGAAGUUCCAGGACUCUGAGGAGAUAAGUAACGUGGAACUGGCUGAUGCUUUUCAGCAGAUGUGGCAGAAACGAAGGUACAAUGAGCUGCUGUUCAUCAUUGACACCUGUCAGGGAGCCUCCAUGUACGAGAGAUUCUACUCCCCAAACCUCAUGGCUCUGGCCAGCAGUCAAGUGGGAGAGGACUCCCUGUCGCAUCAGCCAGAUUUGGCCAUCGGAGUCCAUUUGAUGGAUCGUUACACCUUCUACCUGCUGGAGUUCCUGGAAGACAUUCAUCCUGCCAGCAAAACCAACAUGAAUGACCUGUUCAAGGUGUGUCCCAAGAGCCACUGUGUGUCCACUCCAGGCCACCGUACCGACCUGUUCCUGAGGGACCCGGGCAGCGUCCUCGUCACAGAUUUCUUCGGUAGCGUGCGCAAAGUGGAGAUCACCAUGGAAACCAUCAACCUGACCAGUCCCAUCAUGCAAACAGAGGAGAAGAGUGCUGCGUACGGUGAGCUGAAGAAAGAGACGCACUCGUUCUCGGACCAGCUUCCGGUGUCUGAGAUCAUCCAUCAGAAACCUAAGCAGAAGGACUGGCAUCCUCCUGACGGCUUCAUCCUGGGCCUGUGGACUCUAAUCCUCCUGGUGUUCUUCAAGACGUACGGGAUGAAACACCUCAAACACAUCUUCUGAGGCCUUCGGGGGCGUGUUCUCUGCGGGGGGGCCUGAGAGCGAGGAGCUGCAGACCAGGAGCUUUCACUGGAGGGAGGUUCAAGGGAAGGUGCGGCUUGUUUUUUCCCUGAAAAAUGGAAAGAAGAUGUAGUGGCACCCCAACUGAAUGAUGCUACUGGUGCCUUUUUUUAUUAUUUCUUAGGGAUGAUUGCUCACUACUGAUGUAAAUAUAUAAAGGUGGUAAUUUUUUUAUUAUUUUAUUAUUUCAGCUGUGGGGAGGAAGAAGGGACAAAAUAAUUAAAAGUGGUGGAGGAGAUAGGCAAAGGCCCGGCUGAGCGGUGCUGCCGUUUUUUUAAACUGCUUUUACUGUGACUUUUUUCAAAAAGGACUUCAAUUUAUUUAUUUUUUGGUAAGCCGUUCCAUAAUUGCAUUGAUUUGGUUAUAAAUGCACUGAAUUGGGUCGGCAGAUAAGAAUUUAAUUUAUUUUCAAGAGCUCGCUGCUCUGCACAGAUCAGCAGCAGGAGCGGCGGCGGCGGCCUUUUUGUUUAAGUGCUGCUCAGAACGACUGCUCGGCCAGAAAAGGAGCACGUGGGACGAGGGCAGCUGAUUGGCCGGGAGUGGGCUGUGGAGAGAUUACUCUUUAAUGUCUCCCCUGUCCAUAUACAUUACACCCCUUGACCGUCAUAUCACGCUCGUGAGGGAUAACAAUCGCACAUAAUCCCAUCUCACAUGAUGGAGCCAUCCACUUUCCCAUUCACCAAAUUGCCCUCCCUGUGGAAACAUCCAUUAGCUCCCCAGCCUUGCACUCGGCUGAUUGUAUUCUGGGUAAUGGACGGCUAUUUCCCCGGCCAUUCUGCGCCUCGCACUCCGGCGGCGAGAAGUGAGUGAUAACCCGGUAAGCCGCCGGCCGUCCCAAAUGAAUCUCCUCCGUGCCUGGAUGUGUUUUCCCUCCUGCUUUUUUUUCCCGGGCCUUUCUCCCCAUCUGUAACCACUGCAUCAGACUCAUUGUUGAGGAGAGUGACUGAUGCUCUCAGCACAGGGAUUGAAUCGGUGGGGGGGGGGCCCUCCCAUCGGGUGUCCGCUGUCACUCUCCCUCGAGGCUAAAGUGGAAAAUAGAUGGAGCUGGAAAUGAGAGCGUACUUAUGGAAGGUAGCUGCUGCGUCAGCCGCCAUGUUCCUUCUCCUGCACGUUUAUCUGUGGAACACUAACUGUCUCUGGUUUUCCUUGUGUGUUGUUUUCUUAUCACCUCCUCUCUCCUGCUCUGCUUUCAGAGACGCGCACGUUCAUUUCCACUACUUGGAUUUUUAAUGCUCUGAUUAAAGGUGACACAUGGAAUCAAAGAAAU